AUGGAGCGAAAAGAAUACAUCUUUAAAGAAGUGGACGGCGUGUCCGUUGAGGCUGAUGUCUACUUCCGCAAGGACCGAAACACCACGAGCCCAAUUGCCUUGCAUUUCCACGGUGGGAACUUCACUGUCGGCUCCAAGGCGAUGCUCCCGCCAUACCAUAGAGAUCGACUUCUUGACCUCGGCUUCAUCGUUGUUUCGGCAAAUUAUCGGCUGUGUCACACCGCUACACUGUACGAAGGACCAGUCAAAGACUCUCUUGAUGCGUAUGAAUGGGCGCGCCUCUCACUGCCUGGUCUGUUGGAAAAGGAGGGUGUAAACGCCGACGGUUCCAGGAUCGUGGUGCUCGGGCAUUCAUGUGGAGGAACUUUGGCCCUUCUAACGGCCAGUCUUCACAACCGCCCGAAGGCUAUUCUUGACCUCUUUGGAAUGAAGUACUUGCAAGACCCCAUUUUCCACACUGCUGCGCCAACCAAGCCGGCAUUUGAUCAGCAGUUCAUAGACCAGGUCCGUAAAGACGUACCGCCCCCGACUAGUGGACCCUUGCCAAUGGGCCCCAACGGUCCUGACUUCAGCAACUACCGAGUCGCCUGGAUGUUCAACGCCAUCAAAGCUGGCAAUCAUCUGACGACCGUGGUUGCUGAUGGCAACUUUGCGCGUGUCGACCCUGCCUCUUUGUUCUCUAAUGCAUCCUUCCCACCAACUUACUUCGUACACGGCACAGAAGACACGUUGGUAGACGCCAAGGUCUCGAAGCAAGCUUAUGAUGAGCUCAGGUCCCAUGGUGUGGAAUCUGAGUUGGUCCUUGUGGAGGGAGCCGGCCACGGGUUUGAUGCAAAACUCGUGCCAGGAGAUCAAACCUCGGUUGUGAUCGAUAAGGCUUUGGACUUUCUGAGGAGUCAUGUUUGA